AGUCACCAGACUUUGUGAAGAGUAUCUUGACACUUUGAUCAGAGAUGUUCAGAAGUGUCCAGCACCCAGACAGUUGGGUCUGUUCACCUGUUUGAUUACACUGGACUGGAGUAGUGCGAAUCAGCAGGAACAAAUUCAACUUAAGAAGAAAAACAUCUGAAUGCGGUUGACCAACACGCUUCCUGUUGCUUCGAGGAAGUGGCACACGUCAGAGAGACAGGAAAACUGCUGUCCUGAGUCUCUACACGUGCAACUCAAUGGAAAAUGUGGCUCAUCAAGGCCUUCGGCAUCCUAUCUUUCACUGCUCUCUGUGCUUCUCAGACUUCUCCGACCUCUGACUAUGAACAAACCAUGACUCCUCCAACCACUCAGCUCCCAAUUCAGAGUGUGACUCCGACUCUGACUCUGGAUCCACCUGCUGGUCAGAUUUACCAAGGGGAAAGCGCUGGUCUGAGCUGUGGUGCCAGUAGCAGCUCUCCUGACUGGACGUAUCUGUGGUACCAUAAAAACCAAGAAACACUUCUGUCAUCUUCUGAUCCCAGUUUGACCAGUUACACCAUUACACCUGCUACGCUGGCUAAUAGCGGUACUUACUGGUGCAAAAUCAAGCGAGGAGAGGAUCUGUCAGAAUUCAGCAACCCCGUUACCUUAGCUGUCACUGAGCCACCCAAGCCAGUUUUGAAGCAAGAGACACGCUGGUUGGAUGUGUUCCCUUCUGAGACAGUGGAGUUGAGCUGCAAGCCUGAAAACUCUGACUGGACCUUAACCUGGCACAAAGAUGGACAACCACUCAGCGAUGACCCAGCAGUGUCCUUGGCUGCAGACGGAUCAAAGCUCACGAUCAUCCCAACGUCAAAAUCAAAUUCUGGAAAUUACGUCUGUAGAGGGCAGCACAAGGGAAAGCCAGUCACCACUGGAGACAGUAAUUCACUUACCCUCCGCGUCUAUGAAAACAAACCCAAACCUGUGGUUACCCAAAGUCCAAGCUUUGACAAGAUGUACAGCGGAGAGCCUGUUUCCUUCACCUGUAGGGUUGACAGUUCCUCUGGAUGGGAGUAUGUUUGGUACCAGAACGCAGCAGAACUCACAACAGGUCCUAAUUACACCGUGAAUCAUCCAACGACAUCCAACAAUGGACAGUACUGGUGCCAAGCCAAAAGAGGCGAGACCCCUUUCGAAACAGAGAAGAGUGAAACAAAAACCCUGCAGUUCUCCGACCCACCAGUACCAUCUCUGGAGCGAAAGACACAAUGGCCUGAUGUGUUCCAGUCUGAGAAGGUGGAGUUGAGCUGUGUUGUUGCUGGCAGCUCUGACUGGACUUUUACCUGGCGCAAAGAUGGAGCAGAGCUCCAGAAAAGUUCAUCUCUGUCCCUGGAUGCAGAGGGAUCGCUGCUCACCAUCCUUUCAGCUACUCAAACAGAUCAAGGAAUCUACACCUGUCAAGGUCAUCACAAAAACAGGAAAAUCAGCACUGGAUUUAGCAACACUGUUAAUAUCAAAGUUGAUGACAAACCCAAACCAAUCCUGAGCAAGGAUCCCGGCAUUACGGAGAUGUAUGUUGGAGAAACGUGGUCCAUCAGCUGUAAGGUUCAUGUGUCUUCUGGCUGGGAGUAUCUGUGGUACAAAGACGGACAGCAGCUGCCCACUUCUGACAGCAAUAAAACCAUCAGUCCUCUUGCUCAUUCUGAUGGUGGGGUAUACAAAUGCAAGGCCACCAGAGGAAAAACAGCAUUCUUCACAGAUGACAGCGAAGAGGCGACCUUACAUAUCCUUGUUAUUCCCGUUCCAUCUCUGGAGCGACAGACACCCUGGCCUGAUGUGUUUCCUUCUGAGCGUGUGGAGUUCACCUGUAAGAUUGAAGGCAGCUCUGACUGGACUUAUUCUUGGUACCAGAAUGACCAGAAAAUUAAAGAUGAUCAGUCCAUGUCCCUCAGUGCAGAUGGAUCAUCUCUCAACAUGAGCAUUACUGCACAACAUGAAGGACAUUACACCUGUAAUGGACAACACAAGAGCAGGCCUGUAGAAACUGAACCCAGCAAUGCAGAGAGUCUAACAGUCUAUCCAAACAAUUCUAAGCCUGUGAUGACUCAAAAUCCAAAUACUGAGAGGGUGUAUUCCGGAGAGUCAGUGUCCUUCAGCUGUGCAGUUGAGCUCUCGUCCGACUGGGAGUAUCUGUGGUACAAAAAUGGAUCACUGCUUUCCACUAGUGGGGAUAGAUUUAACAUUGAUGCUGUUACUUCAGCAGACAAUGGGACUUACGAGUGCAUGGCCAGGAGAGGCAAAGCACAGUUCAAUAUAUCGUACAGUGAAGGACGGACUAUACAGAUAUUUGAAAUUCCUACACCAACCUUGACUCGAUUGACCCAGUGGUCGGAUGUGUUCCACAAAGAGUAUGUAGAGUUGAGCUGUGACAUUCAUACCCCCUCGGACUGGACCUAUGUUUGGUUCAAAAAUGGAACGGAGCUCUCUGGCUCGAAUGAAGCUACACUUUCCAUUCAGGCUGCUUCAGACGAAGAUGCUGGAAAAUACCGAUGUAGGGGACGACAUAAGACCAGGUCCAGGUCUGUCAGCACCAAGACAAGCCUUGAGUUUGAACUCAAAGUCUAUGAGCGCCCGAAAGCAGUCAUGACUCUAUUAACUGGCUGGUCACAAGUCUUCUCCACUGAUAGCCUGCUGCUUAAGUGUGAAGUGCAAGAAAAUCAACGCCAAUGGAACUACACAUGGUUUAAAGAGACAGAACAGAUCCCUCUGUCUCACUCUGAGAAGUAUACAGUUACACCCAAGAAUGACCCGGACCAGAGUCAGUACACCUGCAAGGGUGUCCGCACUGAGAGGCCAUUUUAUUCUAUGGAGAGCGAGCCCUUGAAGACGAAGAAUCUCCUUCUGAAGAGGAGGGUGCUCCUCUCUAUCUCUGGCUGCCUGUUCUUUGGCAUCAUUGCUGUCUUUAUUGGAUGCAUUGUCCUCAGAUUAACCCGCAAACAAGAUGUGAGUGAUACAAAACCAGAAGAGUCCAACCUGUUUCUCACCAUGGCUGAACUGAAGGCACGCGAUGAUGCACCCAAUCCACUGGUUGAGUACAUCACUGAGGCAGACCUAAAUGCACCAGCGAAAGAUGGGGAUAACAAUGGCACAAUUUGCAGUGAGUCAACACCCCUACCCAUAACCUCCCCGGAGGACCAAGCUGUGACACCUGAGAGCGUUGAUACAGCAGGCAGCAAUGGUGGGCUGAUGUCCUUCAAACAGUGAUUCACUGGAGAUGCACUUGCAUCAUUUUAGACGAUAAUUUACAUGUUUACAUCUUUCUUCUGCGUUGAAAAUGACUCACGAUUGCACAUUACAUAUCAGUGAGCUCUGUACGUUUCUUUUUUAUUCAAAUCAUUGUAUGUAUUUUUGAAUUGAGCGGCAUAUUAUAAAGACCUUCUCCUUUAAGCGACUGUUAAAAAUGUACCAGGUCAUUAUUUAUGAAAUAAGCAUAGACUUAAAGUGUUAUCAGCAGUGUAUCAAACAUGUAGACUGUCACUUCUUCCUUAUCGUUCAUUAUAGCUAAUGCUUCAGUUCUUUGAACAAACACCAGAUGUCAGUAGACAUAAUUUAGCCCUCAGCAAAGCCUCUGCCUUUUUUUCUAUAUCAUAAAUGCUUCAGCAGGUUAUGCUAUUGCCUUGUUUCCCUGAGGGGAUAUGUCAGACAUUGUGUGAUAUAUUUAUCCAUGUCAUGUUAGAAAGCCUCCUCAAGCAUAUUGUGUCUUCAUACCUAAAAGAUUAAAUAUAAAAGAAUAACUAUUUC